GAAAAUUGAGAUUGCGUACGAAGGCAAUAUUCGUGGAAAUUGGUUAAUUUAUGUAUUUAUUUAAUGUAGUUCAGUAUUCUGGCGUUAGACUUCAAGUAAACAUGAAUUCAGUUGAAUUGAACUUUUUGUGUAGGCGUAGCUAUCAAAUGUUAUUCACAAAAAUAAAUUAAGCGUUCGUAAUUAACUCUAGAAUGGAUUUUAUCUGAUAAGAAUGGUCUUAAAAUAAAGUAUGCCGCUUACAAUUGCAAACAAAAGUAAAAUGAUUGCUGAAAUCAUGAAAUUUUCGUUUCACCACAGAGCAUUUUACUGCUAUGUUGGGAUGAGUAUAUGGAUCUGUUUUUUAAUAACAGUAAUGUACAAAUACAUAUCAGUUGGAGAAGAUGCAACAGUGAUCAAGAAGAUUGUGCAGAAUGAAUACAUAUCCAAAAGUGAUAUCAAGUAUAGGAAGAUAUAUCUACGCUCAUGUAAUCCACCAGACAGUAUUGUGAGGGGUGCUGAAGCUGUGGUGGACAGUGAUACAUGGCUUCUACAGGGAGUGCUAGUUGUGACGAGACAUGGUGACCGUGGACCCCUUACACAUCUGCAUGGGGGAGACAAACUACCUUGUGAUACUCCACCACCAUCACCACUGUUGAAGACCUACGAAGAAUGGGUGUCGAACACGAGCUCCGUCGGCCGGGCUUGGUGGGUCGCAGGGCCGGGCCCGUUCCACAACUUCCCCGCGCUGCCGCCGCGCGCCGCCACGCGCUGUGCGCUCGGACAGCUGACGCCGCGGGGAUUGUUGCAGAUGCUGACCGUGGGUAAUAUUCUGAAAGAGGCUUAUGGAGAAAAACUUGGAUUAGAUAAUGCAGAUCCGACGGGAAAACGUGAGAAUGGAGACGUUAUAAUGUACAGCACACGAUACCGACGAACGUUCCAAUCUCUAGCGGGACUCGCCUGGGGCUUGGCGGGCUCCAAUGCGGGCGCUCGGCUCGCUAGAGCGAGAGAGAGCCAUAGCGUCGCCUUCUGCUUCCGCGAGUGUGCGUGCGCUGCGCACCACGCUCUAAACAAAAAAAUCAGCAUCCAAGCAAAACACCGCCUGGACAACCACCCGGCCCUAAAAGAGCUGGUCAACAAGCUCUCCACCGUCCUCUUCGAGUCGCAGGAGCACCCCGAGCCCGACAUGGUCCGCGACGGGCUGCUCGCGCACAUGUGCCACGACGCGUCGCUGCCGUGUGUCACGAAACCUGACAAACUGAAGUUCAGCUUGAAGAGAAAUAGGAGGCUGCGAGAGGAUACUGUGCCGGGCAAAAAGUUGCUAGAAUAUAAGAAAGUAAACGUGGAUAAUAGAAAAUCUAAAAGCGAUAAGUCAAACGUAGAAAUUAAGAAAAAUCAAAACCGAAAGACUCUUAACAUGGAUAGCCGUAGAUCAGAAAAAGUUAAACUAAGGGUAAAAAAACAGAAGGGUGAGAGAAUUUUACGAGAGGCUACUAAUGGCGAUAACAGUAAAUCUUCAAAAGUAAUACAAAAUAUAAAAAUACAAGAAAACAGUAGUGAAAAUACUUCUACAAGGAAUAUACUUGAAAACCACGAGAUUCUUAACAAAGAUGAUAGAUUAGAAAAAUAUAAACGAAAUUUUAAAGAGCAUGAAACGUUCCGUGAAGAUUUAUUUGGAAAGAAUUUGCUAGAUAUUGAAACGGAUAUGGAUAUGAAGAAAGCUGACAACAAAAGAAAUAACUUGAAAAGUCAUAUAGACACCGUGCCUAAAAGGAAUUUAUUAGACGCAGAUAUAGACACUCUUAACAUGGAAUUGGAUUACAUCAACAAUCAGUUAGACUUCAAUAACGAAAUAGGAAGAAAGGCUAGAGAUAUCAUUGGUAAAUAUUACGAUACUAAAGAUAAGCAAAAAGCUCCUUUAGAUUUCGAUGCCCAAAUGGAAAGAGAGAAGCUAUUAUACUAUCAGCAGAGAUAUAUGGAUAAUGCCGAUGCAUAUGACGAUGUAGUCAUUGUUAAAAAGAAUUUAGACGCAGACUUUAAUUUUCCAAAUGAUGCUCGUAUGGAUACAGAUUUUGAUGAAGAAUAUAAAGAACCCACACCAGAAAUAACAGAAGAAUUUUGUAUAAGAAAAGACCAUAUAACGUCAUUAUUCGCGUAUUUAGAAUGGACUUAUAGACAAGAAAUCAAAAGUAUACAUAAUAGAAAACGAGGCUUGCUUUUAGCGUAUGGAUUAAUGCACAAUAUAGUGCAAAACAUGAUAAGAAUGAUCUCAGAGAAUAAACCAAAAAUUGUCAUAUAUUCAGGACAUGACAAAACACUGCAACCAUUAAUUUUAGCACUUGGGUUAACUAAUUAUCAACAUUACAACGUACAUUAUGCUUCUAGAAUGAUCUUCGAAGUUUACAGAAAAAAAGAUUUGCGCGACGAAUUCAAAUUCACUAAAAGGAAAGCGGUAGCACAAGAUUUUUACUUCAGGGUUGUUUACAACGGGGAAGAUGUAACAAAUAAAUUAAGUUUCUGUAAAACUAAGCAGAGUAUAGUGAUGAAAGUAGCGGACCCGAUAGACGAUAUGAAGACGUAUAAUACUUAUUUGUGUCCGAUAGAGAAUGUUGUUAGGUUUAUACAUGACGAUUAUUUUGCUAUUUUUAACGUGACCAACUUUAAGGAUGCUUGUGCUGCUUAUGGGAAUCUCAAACAUGUUUAGGUAAACAAAUUUGUUAAACUAUUGGAUAUUAGCGACCGACGUCUAAAGUAGACGUAGAAACUUGGUCUUAAUACCAUGGAUGACUAUCAUAGUUAUGGUAUGAAUUAUGUGAGAUGAUUUUUAGCCUUAAACCCUUGGCUGUUAAAAGGCAAUGUUUUUUUUAUGGCUACAAAAUUUUUCAUUAUUGAGAAGGAUCAAGCCCAUUUAAAAUACAAUUUUAACAUUCUUUUUUUCUACUUUCAUUCAAUUCAUGUAACAUUCGGCGAUAACACGUUUGGAUAAUGUAGUCCGACAGGUAAGAAUAUUCGUAAGUAAUUAAAAGCUGUUACAUAAAUUUGAGCCAUAUGUGUAGAACGCUAAAAUUGCCUUUUAAACGGGCUUGAUCCUUCUCACAUAUAUGAGAAAUUAGGUAGUCACCGCGGUCCACAAAAAAAACAAUGCAUUUUAUUUAACAGCUCAGCGGUUGAGGCCAAAAAAUCAUUUCAGAAAAUUCAUACUAUACUGCAUGUUGAGACAAAAUGACGUUUGUGAUUCAAAUGUUCGCUCUCUUAUAAAAGUUGUAGGUCAUAGGCCUCUAAAACAUAAUUAAUUGUUCUUAAAACGCUAAAAGUAAGAAGCUGGCAUGAAUGGAUAUAUAUAUUUGCAUAUAAUUUGAAUUGUUUCUACUUGCCGGAUGGAUGAAGAGUGAUCCAAUUUCUAUUGAAAUAUGUUUAAUAGAAGUCUUUCUUCUAUCGAGAGACAAUGAAAUAAAAAUAAGCAUCCUUGAUUAAGAAUAUGAAGUUUUUAAAAUAUGGUUAUAAUGAUUUAAAGGCAGUCAAGCAUUAAUUUUUCUCAAAAGAGGUUCAGUAAAUAGCAGUAUUCCUUUUUACCGACAGCAAUCCGUAAUUUAUGCCAUGCUAUAUUCUUAUAAUUAAUACAAGUUGAUAUUAUUUAUUUAUUGCUAAAUAUUCCAGAUAUAGCUUAUGACUUGUGACAUGGAUCUCAAAUAUUUAAGUUAAAGCCGUACUUAACUAUACAUAUCUACUAAUAAUAAGUACACGUGCAUUGUAACUGUCUCAAAGGCUAUAAUGAAUAGUUACGUUAGUCUUAGCAACAAGAAUUUGAAAUGGAGGGUUAUUGUCAAGGAGAAUUUUGUAGCCACAGUAAAUAUACUGCCAUCUUUCGACACAUGAUUAAAACUUUUAGGACGCCAUUUGACUUUGAUCUUUAUUCCUUCACUGAUAAGUAUGUGUUAAAUUUGUUAAAUAUAAAAAAAAGUGGUGCCAUCUUACCGGGCAUCGGCUAAAGGUUGUAGCGCCAUCGCUCGAAACGAACUUUGGCUUUGAUCUAUUGGAUAACGCCACUCUUUGAUAUUUAACAAAUUUAACACAUAUUAGUGAAAGAAUGAGGAUCAAAGUCAAAUGGCGUUCUAGUAGUUUUAAUCAUGUGCCGAAAGAUGGCAGUAAAUUUACUGUGGCUACAAAAUUUUCUUUGACAAUCCACCUCUAUUUCAAAUUCUGUUUGGUCUUAGUUUAACUGUAGUCGGGUGAAAUGAAAUGUUACUACACCUCUCGCUCGAAUGAUGGAGUACCUCACGUAAAAUGUUUGUAGACAGUUAUUGAAAGUUUAGCAAAUAUUUUUUUUUUACAUUUUAGGUGUUUGUUUUUAAACAUAAGAUAAUAAUAUAUUAUUUUUAUUUGAACAUGUGAUAUUUUGUAAUAAUGUGAAUAUAUAAGCGCUAAAUCCUUAUUUAUUAAGAUAUGUAAUUUAUAUUGUAGAAUAACUUUGUAAAAUUAAGCCAACCAUAAUACUAGAAGGUACUGUAAUAUUCGACGCGAGAGAUAUUAACAAGAUUCAUCAAUUUACAUAUCAUUCCUUUUCUUGCCCAUUAGUAUGAGGGUAGUUAGGGUAUAAAGGGGCCCACACCAGUUCGCCGGACGGUAUCGGCCUGACAGUUAUACGCAAAAGCUCACAAUCGCGAAUAACUGACAUAUGGAAGGUAGAGGCAAGGAACAAAAUCUCCAUAUACCAAAAAGUGUCCGACAAAAACUAUAAAUAGGUGGCGCUAUAAUACCUAGAAUACUUGAGAAAAAAAUCUAAUCAUAGACAGCGCACUUCACUCCGUCAAUAACGCCUAGGUUCUUAGCUACUCUAGCGCUACUCUGGAGAGAUUUGGUACUAUUAUUUAUAAUAAAUAAAUAAUAAAUAAAUUCACCCCCUUUACUAUGUCGAUAUAUCGAUUGAUGUGCGGCCGUAUUUUUUUGGAUAUUAGUAACUUAAUGUAAUUUCUACUUGUACGAGUUUCUCAAAAUGUCCAUACGUAUAUCCAUAUUGUUAUUUUUUUCAUAUAAACUUAAAGAUCGGUCAUACGGGGUGGGAAAAUGAAUGGAUAUUAUUGGAAAUUCUUUAUCUUGAAAGAUAAUAUUAAUUGUGUUUUCGUCUAAUGUGAAAUAACAAUGUUAUCAAAUUUUCAGAAAACUACGAAUUUUUUGAAUAGCUAAUUUUAUGUGAUAGUUCUGUGUGAGUAAAAUUAUCGACAUAGAUUCCUUUGAUUCUAAUACUUUGGCCAAGUCACAGAAAAACCUGUCGUGAAUUUAAUAUGACUUACCUACAUAUCACAUGUAGUGACAUGAUUAUAUAUUGAAAUGUAAGACUGCACUCAGUAGAUUUACCUGUAUGUUUUAAUUUUAACUAUGCAUAAUAUUAAUAAGUGUAAGAAAUUUUAUUUUUAAUUGACUAUUUAAAUCAUACAUUCCAUUUAUAUA